AUGGUGUUGGCUCUACGGCAGCACUGCUGCCUCGAUAGGGAGUCCCCGCAGUGGAAGGAGACCUGCCGGCAGCACAGCCUGGAGAGAUACCCGUCCAAACGACUCUGGGACUACCUAGAACACCCCAGCCGGCCCCAGGGCAACCAGGGGGGCUGCCGCCUGGGUGUUUGGGACAGUCAGGGGGGCUGGCUCCGCCAGCCUUUCCACUGCCCAGAGUACUGGGUCAACCAGCCCGGCUUCGGUGGUGCCAUAGAACCAACAAUGGAUUCUUUGCCGUCUCUUUCUGGCAGAGAGAAAGAAGCUUCCGUGCAGCCUGAUCGGUGUGGAAAGAGUUUAGCUUCGAGUUCGCAGCUUACUAAACAUCGACGUGUCCACACUGGGGAGAAACCCUAUAAAUGCUUGGAUUGUGGAAAGAGCUUUGCUUGGAAUUCACAGCUUAUUAUCCAUCAACGUCUCCACACUGGGGAGAAACCAUAUAAAUGUCUGCAGUGUGCAGAAAGCUUUGCUUCAAGUAGGCAGCUUACUGCACAUCAACAUAUCCACGCUGGAGAGAAGCCAUGUAAAUGUCUGCAGUGUGGAAAGAGCUUUGCUUGGUCUUCACAGCUUAUUCAACAUCAACAGAUCCACACUGGGGAGAAACCAUAUAAAUGCUUGCAGUGUGGAAAGAGCUUUGCUUCAAGUUCAAACCUAACUAAACAUCAACGAGUCCACACUGGGGAGAAACCAUAUACAUGCUUGCAGUGCGGAAAGAGCUUUCGUUGGAAUUCACAGCUUAUUAUCCAUCAACGUAUCCACACUGGGGAGAAACCAUAUAAAUGCUCAGAUUGUGAUAAGAGCUUUGCUUCAAGUUCACACCUUACUCAACAUCAACGUAUCCACACUGAGGAGAAACCAUAUAAAUGCUUGGAAUGUGGAAAGAGCUUUGCUUCGCAUUCACAGUUUACUAAACAUCAACAUGCCCACACUGUGGAGAAACCAUAUAAAUGCUUGGAUUGUGGGAAGAGCUUUGCUUGGAAUUCACAGCUUACCAAACAUCAGCGUGUCCACACUGGGGAG